GUAAGGAACGAAGCGCAGCAGCAGCUGUGAGAUCUCCACAAGAGACGGCGACUGAAGCUCCUCAGUGUGAGGAAGAAGAGGAGGCAGACAGCAUGAAGGAGGAGGAUGCUCAGAAGAGAUCAGUGCCGUUCUUCGCCUGGUCCCUGCUGGAGUCUGUUGGCCUGACCGACAUCCAGCUGCCGGAGGUUAAAGAAUGCAGUCGUUCCUUCAGCGUUUAUAGCAGCGAUGGAGGAAGCCGGCGGGAGAUGCCGGCGCUGGGGGAGAUGCUGCACUGCCUGACGGGACGCUGCCCCCAUGAGUACGAGAUGUAUGGCUGCUACUGUGGACAGGAGGGAGGAGGACAGCCUCUGGACCAGCUGGACAGGUGUUGCUUCUUCCAUCGCUGCUGCCUGAAACAGAUCAGCUCCAUGGGUUGCAGAGCAGACAGGAAGCUCAACGCUCGGAUUUCCUGCGAGAGCGGAAACAAACCGCGAUGCCAUGGCAUCACAGCAUGCGAUAAACUGCAGUGUGUUUGCGACAAAACCACAGCAGAAUGCAUGGCUGCGGCACACUUUAACCACAGCUUGCCAUCACAGCGAUGCCGUGGACCUGCGCCACCCUGUCGCCGAGCCAGCAGACCCCCCAAACCUGUCAGAGUAACCCCACAGCCCAGCGAGGAAAGCAGGUGGAGCAAACAGUCUGAGGAGAUUGAACCCAGUUCCUCUGCACAACAUCAUGACAGUGAUCAAAGCUCUGAUAUGAUGAGUGGAGAACAGCCAGAUCCUCCUGCUGGAUCAUCAGGUACCCAAACCUCUUCUCCUCCCUCUGCCUCCAGCGAGGAAACCAGAGAACCACCAACGCUAAGUGGCCUCGACCAAAGACCAAAUCAAGACCAACCACUGGCUCAGAGACCAGAGGAGGAGGAAGAGGAGGAAGAGGAGGAAGAAGAAAUUGAAGAAUAUGACCAAGAUAAAGAAUAUGAAGAGGAGGAAGAAAAUUGAACAGCAGCACUUUGGGCCACUGUUGUUUAAAAAAAAAGAGAACCAUGAAGAUAAACAACUCAAAUACUUUAAUAGAAACAUUUUAUUUGAACCUUAACAUUACAAUACAACACAUUCUGAGACAUUGUAUAAUGCAUCGAGGCUCCGCUGCAUGACACGGUUCAGUGAACACUUCAAGUUAACCGCAUAGAUGGAAAAAAGAAACACUUUCUUUACACCAGCUUUUUUUUUUUUUUUGGAAAAAGUGCAACAAAAAGUAAAAAGUUUGAAAACUUAAAAGCCAAUCCUGACCUCAAAAUCUGAAACUGAUAAGUGCUUGUUUAAAGCUCAGCUUGGUGUGUCAAGAACAUUUCCUGAACCGGCCGAAAGAGCCGAGCCUUGGCGCCA